AUGUUCACGGGAACGGUCCGGGUUAAAAUAUGCGAGGCUUGCGGAUUGAAACCAACAGAUUUUCAGAAAAGGCAUAAUAUGGCCUUCAGCAAGCCAGAUGAGCAGUCUAUAGAUCCGUACGUAACUAUAGAUGUGGAUGAUAAUCAUUUAGAUCGUUCAUCAACGAAAUCAAAGACAUCUGACCCGGUAUGGAACGAACAUUUUGUACAUAAUGUCCAAAGCGCCGUCAACCUGGGCCUGACCGUCUUCCACGAUGCUGCCAUCCCCCCAGAUGACUUUGUGGCUAAUUGCAAUAUAUCCUUUGAAGAUCUUCUUCAAAGAGAUCGUGAAGCUGGAGAAUUUUGGGUGGAUUUAGAACCUCAGGGUAGAUUAAAAUUAAGAAUUGAUUUAAAAUGGAGUGCCCAAGAACCUCAGACAACAAAGCCCAAAGUGUUCAAGGAGAGACAAGGGUUCAAUCGAAGAAGGGGUGCUAUGAGAAGGAGAGUCCACCAAGUCAAUGGGCACAAAUUUAUGGCAACCUAUUUAAGGCAGCCAACUUUUUGCUCUCAUUGCCGCGAUUUUAUUUGGGGAGUUCUCGGCAAACAAGGAUAUCAAUGUCAAGUUUGUACAUGUGUUGUUCACAAAAGAUGUCAUCAGUCAGUUGUGACAAAAUGUCCUGGAAUGAAAGAUACAACUCAGGAUGAGAAUUCCAGUUUUCCAAACAAAAAUUUUUUGAACGUUUGUUGCCCAUCGUCUGAUGAGGAAGAAUUAGAGGAAUUUCAUAGUUGUUCUUCAUUCGAUUCUCACAGUCCAUACUUGCUGACUCCAUCUUAUGGCAGCUCUAAAUCGAGUAAUGACAGUAGGAAUUCCAGCAAUCGCAGUAGAAAAAGUAGUGAUAAUGAGGGUUCAUCGAAUGGUUCUUUUCAUUCUCUUGGUAAAAUUUAUUCUUAUUCUUGUUCUUUUUCUUGGGUAUCAUCACAAUGUUGGAGUAUUCAUGGAAUGCAUGUUUGGGAAACGAUCACGCAACGGUUCAAUGUUAACAUGCCCCACAGAUUUACCGUACACAAUUACAAACGAUUUACCUUUUGCGAUCACUGUGGUUCUCUUCUCUACGGACUCUUUCGUCAAGGUUUGCAAUGCGAAGCCUGCAAUAUGAAUGUACAUAAAAGAUGUCAGAAAAAUGUCGCGAACAAUUGCGGAUUAAAUACAAAACAACUCGCUGAGAUUUUGUCACUCAUUGGCAUAGAUCCCAACAAACCUGGAAAAAGUAAACCUAUGCAACAGUCGGAAUCUCCAUCUUCGUCGUUGACAACAUCAUUAGCUCCUGAGAAAAUUUCACGGGAAUCCUUAAUCGCAUCCGAAUCUGAUAAGCAGUCCGAAUAUCCGGUUAAAGAAUUGGAAUUCGGGACUGGUAAAAAAAUCUCUUUGGAUGAUUUUCAUUUCAUAAAAGUUUUAGGAAAAGGAAGUUUUGGAAAAGUUAUGUUGGCCGAAAAGAAAGGAACGGAUGAAGUGUAUGCAGUGAAGGUCUUAAAAAAAGAUGUCAUCAUUCAAGACGACGACGUCGAUUGCACGAUGACGGAAAAAAGGAUUUUAAUGUUGGCUGCUAAACAUCCAUUCCUGACGGCCUUACAUUCUUGUUUUCAAACAAAGGACAGGUUAUUCUUCGUUAUGGAAUACGUUAACGGAGGAGAUUUGAUGUUUCAAAUUCAAAGAGCGAGAAAAUUUGAUGAAUCUCGUGCCAGAUUUUACGCUGCCGAAGUCACGUUGGCAUUGCAGUUUUUGCAUAGGCACGGAAUCAUCUAUAGGGAUUUGAAAUUAGACAAUAUUUUAUUAGACAACGAAGGACAUUGUAAGUUAGCCGAUUUUGGAAUGUGUAAGGAAGGUAUAAUUGAUGGAACGACAACGACAACGUUUUGCGGCACUCCGGACUACAUAGCACCGGAGAUUCUGCAAGAGCUCGAGUAUGGUCCGAGCGUGGACUGGUGGGCACUAGGAGUUCUCAUGUACGAAAUGAUGGCAGGACAACCACCCUUCGAAGCCGAUAAUGAAGACGACUUAUUCGAAUCGAUUUUGCACGACGACGUAUUGUAUCCAGUUUGGCUCUCUAAAGAAGGCGUAUCUAUUCUAAAAGGGUUCAUGACGAAAAAUCCGAGCAAGAGACUCGGAUGUGUGGCGUCACAGGGAGGAGAAGCCGCCAUUCGCAAUCAUUCUUUUUUUAAGGACAUUAGUUGGGACGCACUCGAAGCCAGACGAGUGAAACCACCUUUCAAACCGAAAAUUAAAAGCAAAAAGGACGCGUUGAACUUCGAUGCGGAAUUUACAAAAGAAGAACCUUGUUUGACGCCCACGAAUAGCGAUGUCGUGAGAGACAUAAAUCAAGAUGAAUUUAAAGGAUUUUCCGUGGUUAAUCAAGAUUUUAAUCCCACGUAUUUUCUAAACUAA